AUGUGGCACGGCAUGUCCUCCGGUGACUCCGAGAGCUAUGUAGCCUCCGAAACAGGCAGGUCGUCGGCCAUUCUUAAUACUCCACCUCAAACGCCACACAAAACGCGAAAAAUGGUGAUGGAGGUUGUAAUACCUAUUCCAAAACGGGCCAGAGAGCGCUCCCCAUCAGUCGGCGAAGGACAGGCUACAACGGCCAGGCGAGUACGUGCUUGUCCGAGAGGCUCCAGCCCUGCCCGCUCAGACUCCUCGGUCUCUCUUGGGACGUAUUGGCAUGUAACUCCGGUAAAGAAGCGACCUCGAAACCCCGGAAAGCCACGAACAAAAUCAAAGCGGGAACAAACUAAAUCUGGAAAACGACGUAUUCAAGUGCGUGGACCGCGAGGUGCUACAAUUGAAUCCACUCUGGACAGACCUGUGACUGCUACUCGACCUCGUCCUGCAUUAUCAACACUACCACCGUUACCACCAUCAGCACCGACCGAAUUCGCUACUGCCGACUCGGACUCGCAUCCUAGAAUCCCUUCAGCAUCCCCUUUCAAGUCUCGAUCUCAAUUGACUCCAAAGGCUUCUGGCAUACGGAUAAAUCUUGAAAGUGCGCGCCUUGAGACUAUUCAAGCUCAAGAGAGUGCACGGGGAUGCGACACAUAUGAGCAUACCUAUUGGUCCACUCCAGCUUCUGGCACUGCUAGAACUCGGUUGACUCAUGCGUUGAAUACCCCCGCUAUGUCCACUUAUUCCGAGUCAAGCACACCACUGUAUGCGUUCAGUACUGCAGGCUCGUCUACGGGACCAGGAACUCGAGAACGUGAUAUAGUGCUAGAAAGACAUAAUUGGACACCGCCGCCCCCCGUAUCCGCCCCUCAAAGGGUACCUACGGCAAUCAAUAUUCCCACCCCGGUAACGGAAGAUCGACCCCGCCUUUCUUUUAAUGAGGUAGUGGAAACAGAGUUUGAUACUGUCAGUCCUGGUGAAGCAAACAAACUCUUCCGCUUGGGUCUCCAAACGGCUCUCGGGAAAUUCGUAGAGCAAUAUGGGUUCCCGAUGGACAAGGUUUCCAAGUUGUAUCGCUCAAAGGGAUGUUUGGAAGAAACUGAAAGAGUGUUGAAGAAGUUGAGAGCCACGGAAGAUGAAUUGAGAGAAAUGGAAACUGCAGCGUUUGGAAACCACUGGUAUUUAGAUUGA